GACUCUCGAAAAUAUUCAUGUCGGUCGCACCAGCACUCAAGGCAUCGGCACGUGCUGCUUAUCGUAACCUACUACGUGCUUCAGCAUUUACAUUCCGUGGCGAUGCACAGAUUCUAAGAGCAUUUCGCCUAAAAAUGCGUACCGAGACAUUGGCUAUAACAAGUGGGCCACCAACCGACGCAGUACUGGAGGAAAAGACCAAGCUUGCUCGUGAGAUCGCAGGCAUACUGCGAAAGAACGUUGUCCAGGCCCGCAGAGUGAGUGGCAACGGGGCAAAUGGAGAGGAUGUCUGGAGUCUUCGUAUGACAAAGGACACGGAGCUGGGUGAUAAUGCUACAAUUAAAAACCCACCACCAAUGCAGUCGAGUCGCAGGGCGCGAAAACAGGAGAAGGAUCAGCAACAAGGCUCAGCAGGUGUUGCUCAGCCUAAGCCCGCGAUUCCGCGCAACCUCCCUGCUCUCAAAAAGGCUCAUCAACAGCGCAAAAUUCCCGAGUUACGAGAGGAAGAUAUCGAAGAAUCUUUUGUGCGCGGUAGUGGACCUGGUGGGCAGUCUAUCAAUAAAACUGAAAAUAAUGUCCAAAUCAUACACAAACCAACUGGCCUUCGUGUGACGUGCCAGGAAACACGGUCAUUACAGACGAAUCGCAAGCUAGCGAGGCGGAUAUUGCUCGAAAAGCUCGACAAGAUUCAGAACCCAGGGUUGUCAAAGGGUGAGCUACAGCGCGCAAAGCAGCAGGAGCGAGAGCGUCAACGGCGGAAGAAAUCAAGGAAGAAAGCAAAGACGCGGGAGAAGGAAGGUAGCGAUGUCGAGUCUUGAGAAGAAAUUCUGAUUGAAUCAAUGUUCCAUUGAAAAUCUUUGUCGAAGUGCUUGGGUUAAUAUUGCCCAGGUUGUAGCUUCCAGAUAUAUGGGCUUCCGGAAAUGAAUGUCAGCGUUUCUAGAUCUGACGAUGUCUUU